AUGGCGCACCUUAAGCCCUUUUCGCCCGAGUCGCACGUGACCUCGAGCUUGAGCCCGCUCGUAGCUGCCACAGCCCGUGCGCUCAUGGGCAUAGGCGCAGGCGCACGACAUCCGGGCACAGCCUCACCUUUCAUCAACUCGCAUCAAACUGAUCCAUCGAGGCAUCUCUCUGCGAAGUUCUGCUCCCUCGUCGAUUACAGCAGCAGCAGUGAUGACGCCGAGGGCGAGAUCGACUACGAGAUGGACCCCACUUCCAUAUCCGCCACGCCCGAACGGGAGACCGUGCACGAUAGCCAAACGGACCAGCCACAAUUCACACAAGACGUGGUACCACAAGCAAGCGCCGAGUCGAGCAAACGGCCCAGUACGAUGGCAACUCGACUCGUGAGCCUCAAACGACCGCGCACCAACGCCAAAUGUGACGAGAAAGCCUGGUCACCCCGGUCUCGUCAAAGUCGAUCCGACUCAGGAUCCGACUCAGGAUCCGAUACCGCAUCGGACAGGGAUUCCGACACCAGCUCCGUCAUCGUCGAGUCUUGCACCGAAUCGCCUCCUACGAACGAGUCGACUGGGUCCAAGGACGUAUCGAACGCUUCGGUCCCUGGGUCGCCCGAGUAUCUGCCCACCGAAGCUGUCGUCGGUUCUGCUUCGAUCGCUUCGCCGCAACAGCCCAGAGCGAAGAGGGGGCUACCCAGGUGCAGGUGGGUAGAUGAAAGUAAGUCGGGAUGGACCUCUCAUUUGCCUGUCAGAGCUACGACCGUCGCUGACUUCCAGAGCCUCAUCUCCCAACUGCGCAGGCGAUCGCUCGGACGAUUGGGUCUUGCAGGCAGGCAGUUGCAUCACGAUCCGCCGUCAAGAGGCGCAGCAGUGCCACGACUGCAUCACUCGCUACUCUAGGUGCUCCUUUGCAGGCAUCCGCUCCUUCCCUCGCAUCGAGGCCGGAUCCGAUCAGCUCGACUUUGACCGCGGAACCUUGCGCCCCUCUCGACUCGACGACGAGGUGCCCCACUUCCCAACCGAAUUUGAUCGGUCUUUCGUCGGCGAGGACGCGAUCCGGAUCAAGACCGUUGCGUCUCAUCAUCUGCUCCCGACGCUGAAAGAAGAGCUCGAACACGCACAAAAGUCGGACUGCGUGCGGAUCCGCCACGAACUGUUCGCGCGCCAGACGUGCGACACGUGCCUGCACGUCAUUUUUUGCGGCGCGUACAAGUGCAUGUGCUGCGGCAGGGAUCUGUGCAUGUCGUGCUAUGACCAACUUCUCAAGCUGAAGGACCAGCCCAUCAAACGGUUAAGUAAUGCCGAUCUCCGACACUCGCGGUAUCUGCUUUCGGUCGUGGAAGGGGACAAGGACGGAACGGGCCAUGCGAGCGCCUUCUCCGAGCCUCAUCCGAUGCAGCAAGAUCGACUUCAUCGAUGCGCUCCGCGCACCAAGUCGCAUUCGAGCAAAGACUUUACCCCGUAUACACGCAGGGAUGCGCAGGAGCUCGAGCACCUCGUGAUCGCCAUGCAGGAAUGGAAGGAGUCGAACCCGCUCGAGGUUCACCGGCCUCCCGCCAAGGACAUCCUCGACGCGUUGCGUCGCUCGAGUGGGGACCAAAAGCUGACCAAUAGCUGGCCUCAUAUGUAUCUGAGGAGCGAGGAGCUCGUCGACCCCUUCGUCCCGCACCAAGCCGCUGCAGUCAAUGAGAAGAGCAGCGACCCGCCUCCUCCCACGCCAUCGUGGUUCUCCGCCGCUCCGAUCCCAGUCAAGACCGAGGACCCGAAACGCUUUUCCUUCGCCGAUCUCUGGGUCUUGCGCGAACCCAUCGUCGUCGACAUCGGUAAAGAUACCUUCCACCUCGACUGGUCGCCCCAGCAUUUCAUCGAUACCUACGGCGAAGCAUCGUGCAAUGUCGAGGGGGAUGCAACGACUUCGACGACCACGGUCGCCAAGUUCUUCGAAAAGUUUGGACAGCGGAACCCGUUGGGCGUUAGUCGGAAGAUCAAGGUGAGACACUUGGGAUGGCUUUGGUUGUCUGUCGCCUAGAAACUCACCCUUUGUGUAUUGGCUGCAUCUAGGAUUGGCCACCGACAACGGAUUUCAAGUCGGCGUUCCCCAGGGAAUAUGCGGAUGUGGGUGCCCUCUCUGAACUUACACUUAGCAUCCCCUAACUGACUGGUCCGUCUCAACCCCCUUCAACAGUUCAUGUCCCUCCUCCCCAUGGGGUCCAUGACCCGCCGUGACGGGGUCCUCAACCUCGCCGCACACGCACCCUCAAACUCCAACCCUCCCGACCUAGGUCCCAAAGGCUACUUCUCCGAAGAAUCGGACGAUCGACCCGGUGGCCAAGGCUCGACCAAGUUGCAUAUGGACGUUGCGGAUGCCGUCAACGUCAUGCUUUGGGCUGGACCUUGGAAGGAUGGUGCGGUGGGUGCGGCGGCGUGGGAUAUGUUUAGGGUCGAGGAUGCUGAUAAGGUGCGUUCGUUGCGAGUCCGGGAAAGUUUUGGUUGGGUCGGGUGGGUGCUGAUGAUGACAGCUUCGCUGGUUUUGUGACAGAUCCGCGAUUUCCUCUACGAACACUUUGCGGAAAAGUACGGCCGGCCAGUCGCUCAAAUGAGGUUGAUGAUGAACGAGUUGAGUUUUCCUUUCCUUUCACCUUCUCAGUCCCUAAAAACCGACGUAAUUUUUCAACUCUAUCGCAACAGCCCUAUCCACUCCCAACUCGUCUUCCUUGACCAAGACCUCCGAACGCAACUGUUCAAAUCCAAAGGCGUCAAACCUUUUCGUAUUUGGCAACGACCGGGCGAAGCGGUAUUCAUACCCGCUGGGUCAGUUGAAUACAAAAAGGUUCGCAUACAUGUCUUGAUUCGAGUUGGCUGAUGAUUGCGUUUUGGGUCGUGAUGAUACUUGUAGAUGCGCGCACCAGGUGUGCAAUUACGCGGAUUGUAUCAAGGUCGCGUCCGACUUUGUCUCACUCGAGAAUGUUGCGUCGUGUUGGCAUGGCAAGUCAAGUUCCUCACAUUUGAACAGGUGGAAAUUGAUGGCGCUGAAUCGCUUCAUCUCACUCAUUCCUUAAAAGUGACGGACGAGUUCCGCGAACUCACCAAAGAAUGCCAACUAUGGAGAAGCGACGUCUUACAACUCAAAACGCAAUUAUUAUGGGCCUGGGUAAGACGCAGGACUGGUAUGAUCGUCCCGCUGCGUUUUUUGGAGCGUAGCAUUGAUCUUCACAGCGAUUGCCUUGUCUUACAGAAAUCGAGUGAAAGGAUCUUGCCUUCCUCUGGUGGAAGUGGAGGUGAACGGGGGAGCGACUGA